AUGGCGGCCUUUUCUCGCUUCGGCUUCCUGGCCGUGGCCAUCAUCUUCCACCUCGUCUACAUCUACUCCAUCUUUGACAUUUACUUUGUCAGCCCAAUCGUCACAGGCAUGCGCCUCCACGGCGUCGAGCGCGCCCCUUCAGUCAAAGCCCCUGCUGAUAGAUUGGUGCUGUUUGUUGGUGACGGUCUACGCGCCGACAAGGCCUUCCAGUCCUUCCCCGAGCCAUUCCCUGAGACCGAAGCUGAUCUCGUCCCCCGACCACUCACGCCAUUUAUUCGCUCCAAGGUCCUCAACGAAGGCACAUUCGGCGUCUCUCAUACCCGCGUGCCCACCGAGUCUCGCCCCGGCCACGUCGCCAUGAUCGCCGGCCUUUACGAGGACGUCUCAGCCGUCGCGACCGGCUGGAAGAUGAACCCCGUCCACUUCGACAGCGUCUUCAACCGCAGCCGCCACACCUGGAGCUGGGGCAGCCCGGACAUUGUCCCGAUGUUCGAGGCCGGCGCCGUCCCCGGCCGCGUCGACGCCUUUGCCUACGAGGCCGAGCUCGAGGACUUUUCCAAGGACGCCACCAUCCUAGACGAAUGGGUGUUUGACCACGUCCGCGACUUCUUCGCCGAGGCUGCGACCAACAAGGACCUCGACAAGGCGCUGCGCCAGGACAAGGUCGUCUUCUUCCUCCACCUCCUCGGCAUCGACACCACAGGACACUCGUACCGUCCCUACUCCAAAGAGUACCUCCACAACAUCCAAGUUGUCGAUCGGGGCGUCAAGGAAAUGACGGAGCUCUUCGACAAGUUCUACGGCGACGACAGGACGGCCUACAUCUUCACCGCCGACCACGGUAUGAGCGACUGGGGCAGCCACGGCGACGGCCACCCGGACAACACCCGGACGCCUCUGGUGGCCUGGGGCUCCGGCGUCGCACGCCCGGAGAAGCACACCAAUGCCAUCGCGCCCGGGCACGACGACUUCUCUGCCGACUGGGGCUUCGACCACAUCCGCCGCCACGACGUCGCCCAGGCCGACAUUGCUGCGCUCAUGGCCUACCUCACCGGCCUGGACUUUCCCGCCAACUCGGUCGGCGAGCUGCCGCUUUCCUACCUCGCCGGGACCAACACGGAGAAGGCCCGCGCGUCGCUCGUCAAUGCCGAGGGCAUCCUUGAGAUGUACCGCGUCAAGGAGGCCAAAAAGCGCGCGACCGAGCUGCGCUUUCGCCAUUACAGCUCCUUCAACGAGGAGAAUGCCAGCCCAGACGACCGCAUCGCCGCCAUCAAGGCCCUGAUCGAAGGCAAAAAGUACGAAGAGGCCAUCGAGGAGACGGACGCCCUGAUCAAGGUGACCCUUCAGGGCCUGCGCUACCUACAGACGUACGACUGGCUGUUUCUGCGCGCACUCAUCACCAUCGGAUACCUCGGCUGGAUGGCAUACGCCCUCACCACCGUCGUCGACCUCUUCGUCGUCGGCCAAAAGUUCAAGCCGCAGCGCUCCGCCGCCGGCCUCGCCGUCUCCUCUGCCAUGCUUGUCGCCCUGUACGCCUCCUUUGUCGUCUCCCAGUCGCCUCCCACGUACUACCUCUACGCCGUCUUCCCCGUCAUCUUCUGGGAGGAGGUGUUUGCCUGUCGGCGGAGCCUCACCGAGGGCCGCCGGAUCCUCUUUGCCCACAUCAAGUCCGCGAGCGCCACGCUCAGUCUCGGCCUGUCUGCCGUCGUCUACGUGGCCGUCAUCCAGGGCCUCGCGCUCGGCUACAUCCACCGCGAGGUCUUCACCGGCCUCUACGUGCUCGGCGCCGCGUGGCCGGCGCUGCGCGGGCUCGCGUUCGUUCGUGGCCACGCCUCGCUCUGCGCCACCUGGGUCCUCGCGUGUCUCGUCAUGAGCACAUUCACGCUGCUGCCCGCCAACAAGACGGACAACAUCCCGCUGAUCCUGGCCGGGGGCGUCGCCAUGGUCCUGAUUGGACUGCUGUACCUGGCAUUUGAGGACGCCGUGCUGUCUGACUUUAGCGCGCCGCCCGCCAACGGCAAGAGCCUGAGCAACCCGCUCAGCCGUGCCCUGAUGGGCGCCCAGAUCGGCCUCACCGUGCUGGCCAUGAUUGUGACGCGGUCGAGCGCGCUCUCGCUCGCGGCCAAGACGGGCCUCCCGCUCGGCAACCAGGUCGUCGGGUGGACCGUCCUGGUGCUCUCGCUCCUGAUGCCGUUCGCGCACCGCCUGCGGCCGGUGGGCAACUACAUGCACCGCCUGAUGCUCAUCUUCCUCACCUGCUCGCCCGCCUUUGUCAUCCUGACCAUUUCCUACGAGGGUCUGUUCUACGUCGCCUUCUGUAUCACCCUGGUCGCCUGGGUCCGGCUCGAGUAUGCCGUCGAGGUGUCCGGACGCUCCUCCCCCUCAACAACACAAGCAAAGAACCACGACGACGCCACGAUAGAGCUUGACGGCGGCGUGCGGUUCCGCGCGCUGCGGCUAUCCGACGCGCGCAUCGCCCUCUUCUUCCUCGUCCUGCUGCAGUCCGCCUUCUUCAGCACCGGCAACAUCGCCUCCAUCUCCUCCUUCAGCCUCGACAGCGUCAACCGGCUCCUGCCCGUCUUCGACCCCUUCUCGCAGGGCGCGCUGCUCAUCUUCAAGAUCAUGGUCCCCUUCGCCCUCAUAUCGGCCAACCUCGGCGUGCUCAACGUGCGCCUCGGGGUCGCGCCCUCGGCGCUCUUCAUGGUCGUCAUCGCCGUCAGCGACGUCCUCACCCUCUACUUCUUCUGGGUCGUCAGGGACGAGGGCUCCUGGCUCGAGAUCGGCGCCACCAUUAGCCACUUCGCUAUUGCGAGCCUGCUGUGCGUCUUCGUCGCGGCGCUCGAGGGCGUGAGCGCGCUGUUCGUCGCGGGCGUGCAGGUUGGCGACGACCACGUGCAGCAGCGGCACAAUGGUGACGCCGCAGCACCGGGGCCGAAGAGCGCGGCGACGAAUGGGCAUGCGUCUAGUAAGAAGAGCAGUAAGAGGAGCAACUAA